AAAAUCAUGUGCUAAUUCGCCCCUCACUGUGAUAUAACUUAGAAAGGAAAAGUAAAAAAAAAACAAAAACAACAAAUAUAUAUUACAUACAAACUACUUUUCGUACCUUAAUGUGCUAACAAAUCUACUCAUUGUACAUGAAAUUCAUACAUAAAUUGAAUUGAAAGCCAACGUCGUAACAACCAUCCAAGUUUUAAGCGCAAUUUAUAGUUGAUUAUCAUCCACAACCACAACCACUCACACAACAUAAGCACAUUGUUCAGCGCCAAGUGACAAUAGCAACAACAAUAGAAGAAAAACUAAUCGAGAAAGAAACGCAUUUGCAUAUUAAAAGCUUUCAGUGAAGGAUUUUCAAGUGGCGCCCCCAGCUAUCAACCCCCAGCAUCGCCAGAGAAAACUCGAUACUUGUUGCAGGAAAAUAUCGCGCGCGAUGGAGUCGCUACAGAAGUCAUUUUUCACGCUGCUCUUCACUCUAUGCCUUACAUUAAGUGCUGCUCUCGAGGAGGACUGCAUCGAUUUCCAAGGCAAUUCAGUGAAUCAUGGCAUGCUGUACGUACCCGGGCCGGGAGUUUGCAGUCUAUGUGUCUGCUAUCAUUCGGAGCCGCUUUGGUGCAAGGCCAUCUACUGUGAUCCACCCUAUUUCUGCAAAAAUUUCCGUGUAGGCGAGCGUUGUUGUGAAUUCGAAUGCUUGGAUCCGCCUGGCGAGGAUAAUAAAUAUCAAGAGCGCAUGCGGAAACGCGCCGAAAUAUUGGCUGGCAAUAGCACAGCAUCGCUGCACAUCACCCCGCUGGCCGUGUCCACUAUAGUGUUUACGGUGCUAACGAACAGCAUUUUCAAUUUAUAACUUGAAGCGAAUGGCGAAUAUGCAGAUUGCGGAUGGUGGUGAAGUGGAUGGAAGUGAAGCGGUUGAAAGUAAAAAACAAACAAAAAAAAAGAAACAAAUAUUAAAACCUAAAGUAGCAAAUGGAAAGCGCCUUAUUGGGGGAGUAGUGGAAAUGUGUGAUGGUCGGAGGUGUAGUAAGAAAUUUUUGCCAGUUGCGUGUUAAAUACGAUUAACUGUAAAAUCGUAUAGAUUAUAUGCAUAUGAAUUUAGCACAUUUUUUAUAUACUUCAAAUAACAAUAAAUUAGUGCGAAAGCAAAAACAAUCUUAGCGAAAGUAAAAAAUCAAAGAAUCAAAAAAUUUAAAAAUUAAAAACUAAAUAAAUGCAAUAAAAUAAUUAAAUAUAAUUAAUUACAUAUAAAAAAGAAAAGCAAGCGAACUUUCAAGGUAUUUAUCUAGGCAAAUCAGUGAAAAAACAACAUAUGGCUAAUGUAAAAAAAAAAAUAAAAAAUUGAAAAAAAUUUAAUUAGGAAAUAUGAUAAUAAUUUUGAAAAAUUAAAGCGAAAAUCUAUCGCAAACGCAUGAUUUUAGUUGACAUAUGUACUAAUGCAGGUGUGUAUAGAACAACUGAACAAUAUAUGCUAGGUUCUCAUUUUCAAACUAAUAUUAUAUUUACAUACAAACACAUAUAGAACUUGCCCGUGCAACUAAUUAGAGCGAGCAACGUCUUUUGCGGCCGACCACUAAACUGCGUAACGAAAUAAAAAAAAAUAAAAGAGAAUUAUAAAAAACUAAAAUAAAAAUAAAAUAAUAUCAAAAAUGAAAACAAAAAAUACAAAAAAUAAAAAUUAUAAUAAAAAUAAAAAAAUAAAAAACCAAGUAAUCCAUGCAUAGAUAUGUAAAGGGUGGUUAAGUUUCAAGGGCCGGUGUUGAUUUUGAAUAAAAUACAAUUUUUUUAGGAAAUUAUUGUUAUUUCUCUUUAUUAUGAUAAUAUUGGUAUGGCUCAAUCACGUAUAGAAUAAAAUAUCAGCCAAAUAGCCGCCGCGGUCUCGGUGGCUCACCUUCAUCCGAUAGUCGAAAUUUUCGAUGACGCUGAGGCAUAAUUGAGGUUCUAUGCCGUUAAUGUGCCGAAAUAUCUCAUCCUUUAGCUCUUGAAUUGUUGCUGGCUUAUCGACGUACCACUUUUCUUUCAAAUAACCCCAAAGAAAGAAGACCAACGGUGUCGUUGACGUUUAGGUAUGGUUCACAUUCAACAUAGGCCCUUGAAAUUUAACCACCCUUUAUAUGAAGGUGCAUAGCUAAUUCUAGAUUUAAAAUCAAAACACUCCUCAAAAUUACACCCUGGCACUUAGCAGCGACUAACGUGAAAAAUAACUGUUAAAAAAAUUUACAAAAAAAAAAAAAAAACUUGUAAUUAUGUCAAAAAUUAAUCUAAAAAAAAAUUGGCAUUACCCCGUCAGUUGCCUGUCGACGUGUGACAAUGUCAUCUCUUUACUUUUACUCUUUGAUUUCUUAAGUAGUUUAGAACAACAUAUCUACUUCAAUGACUUGCAAAUAAAAACAACAACAAAUCAUUUAUGUACACUGCAUAAUGUAAUCAAUAAUUGAAUAUACAUACAAACAUAUAAUAAAUAUCA